AUGAAGACUGCGCUGAUCUGUGCGCUUUUCGGGAUUUUGUUUUUCGGAAGCCAGUGUUCUUCUGAAGAAGAAACCCACCAUAAGCCAAAGUCUAAGGAAGAACAAUACAAACGUCACUAUCAGAACUAUACUGGAUUGUGCGGUUCAUGGUAUAGAAAGGAGAGCUCUCUGGAAUCCAUUUACAACUGCACUCUUGAAGCUCUUGAUAAGAAGGGUUACACAAUCGUGAGGAAGACAUGGGAGGAUUUUAGACACAAUCGUAGUUUGACCAUAACGGCCCUUGUUGGGUUAAUGUGCAACUUGAGUACUGUAAUGCCUUAUGAAUUCUAUCUUAUGUUUGAGCUCGAAGAUCUUGAUCAAGAGCCGCUGGAACGUUCCGAUAAGGAUAGUGUUUCGACAGAGGCUCAGCAGGUUCCACCCAAAGAGUUAUUUUACGCGGAACGAAACUGCUCGGAGAACAUUCAUGCACUGACCCCCUUGGCCCCGACCAUCCCACUUGAACCUGCUGUAGAAGCAAUUGAGUGAGGUGUUGUAUGCGGAUUUAUUACACAGAUGGCACUGCGUGAUGCGUGGUGCUUUGAUCGGUGUGCCGAUACCAA